AUGCUGGCGGCUGAGACAGACCACCCGAAGGCCACGUCCCGGCGGAGCCGCCGCCAUCCCGGGCCCAACGCCAGGGGGCGCUGCGAUCCCAAGUUCCCACCGCCCUCCUGCCCCGUCCGGGCUGGGCUGGGCCGGGUCGGACUGGGCAGGGGCGGGCCGCGGGGUGGAGGCGCAGGCGGGGAGCAAAGGUUGGUGUCUUCGCGCACAGACCUCAGCCGGAGGGCCCGCGGCAUCAUGACGGUGGGAGCCAGGCUCCGAAGCAAGGCGGCGAGCAGCCUCCCGCGCUGCAGGCCCCUCGCCCGGGGCUUGGGGCGGACGGAGGGGGACGAGGAGGCGGCAGCUAUCCUGGAACACCUGGAGAGCGGGGCCGAGGCGGCGGAGAGCGGGGCGAGCGCGCGGCGGCCGGCGGCCCGGGGCGCGCGGAGGGUGCACCUCGCGGUCCUCCCCGAGCGCUACGAGCCUCUGGAGGAGCCGGCGCCCGGAGAGAAGCCCAAGAAGAGGUACCGGCGGAAGCUGAAGAAGUACGGCAAGAACGUUGGGAAGGUUAUCACCAAAGGAUGCCGCUACCUCGUGAUUGGCCUGCAGGGAUUUGCAGCCGCCUACUCUGCCCCAUUCGGAGUGGCCACCAGCGUGGUGUCGUUUGUCCGCUAGUGGGAGCUGCCUGGGCAGACGCCACGGGAAUGCUUGGAAGCCUCUGUUCUGGGAACAGCGAGAAUCUAGGGGCAUCUCAGACUUGCAUACACAAAAUACUCGGAAGAAAAAAAAAAUGUCUUGUUUGAAUUGGAUGAGUGUUUCGGAUGAGUCAUCCUCAUCCAUCUGCUGACUUUCCAUGUCUCUCGGACACAGGUGACCCUGGUGGACGAUCCCACAGAGAAUUAGGCUGAGGUCAGGUUUGGGACCAGAAUUAGUUUGCUAAAAGUGGAGCUGCCCAUGAAGGGUGCAAGGGGUAACACGGAGACAAACACCUGACAGAAGCCAGCACUCUGGGUGGGUAGCAGAAUGGUGAUUAGGGAGGGGGGCGGGGGG